AUGGCAUUGCCGCUUCCACCGGGAUUGACUCCCCCGGAGAUUGCAUUUCUGUGCGAGAUGGAGCUUGUUACGGUUAUACCGCGCCAAAGACUCGAAGGACUCGAAUUGCUUGGAGGACCUUCACCACCGCUCAACCCACCGCACAGAACGUCUCUCCCACUCUGGCUCGCCCUACUCCUCAAACGCCAACGCCGCGCCAACAUCAUCCCUCCGCCAUGGCUCUCCCCGCACUCCCUGACUGCGAUUCUUGACCAUGAGACUGAGCAUGCAGAUGCUUUCUCUCCCCCUCCCCGAUUACCGUCCCCACCACCCAACAAUACACUACCAUUCUCCCCGCCAUUCCUUCCGAGCUCGACAGCGGAGGCAGCGCCAGACGCAUUACCGUAUCAUUGGCUAGAGCUUGGUGAGAUGCUGUUGGAGGCUGCGGCGGAUGAUUUCGAAGACCCCGAUAAUGUGCGAAAGUUGCUAAGGGGCUUGAGAGAAGUGCGAAUGGCAAAGCUGAGGAAAGGCGUAGGGGUUCUGGAUGCUGGAGGUGGAGUUAGAAUGAACGGGGUUGGGGGGAUGGAGGUUGGAGAAGGGAGAGCAUUUGUAGGAGGUGUUAUUGAUGGACUAAGAAAGAUCGCAGCGUCACGCGAGCAACAGCGAAAAGACCGAGACCGAGAAGAAAGAGAAAAUGGAUACUCUGGAACUGUAGGAGAUGACGAUGACGACGAAAUGGACAUGCAGUGAGUUGGGGUAUCACAUUGACCAUGCAACAUGCAUGGACAUCCGGAUCCAUUGCCUGGAAAUGGCGAUACCCCAGAUCCAAGAUUGUGUCUUCGUUGGAAACAAGAGGUGGAAAGUUCAAGAGGUUUCCUUCAGGUGAAAUGCUUAUUCACGUACUCGAGAUCGGUAUCUAAGAAGUUCACAUCUACAAGACCACCAUCUAACGAUGCAACUUCAUUGAACACCUAAGGGCGGAUAUCUAAGGACGCUUGCUUGAAGGGACGUUCUUCCAAUUCAUUCCACGAACACCGGAGCGUCCUAAAUCAUCUAUUAGC